AUGGCGAGCGUAACCCACUCGGACGGAAGUAAAAAAAACACCAACGGAGGAGGAACCACUUCCUAUGAUGACUUCAUCGAAUUGAGGAAGAGAAUUCUCCUCAAAGAAAAAGAACUUUUGGAAAAAAAAAAAUGGUCAGAAAAAGCAAGUGUAAAAAAUGGAGGGGAAGAAAUUGCUGCGAAGGAACAGCUGGAGGCACAGAAGGGGGGGAAACUCAUGUAUAGGUCCUUUGACGAAUUUUACAAAUAUAAAAAAUAUUUUGAGGAGCACGAGGUGAAGGUGGAAAGGGACGCCAUGAAGUUACUUCGCAAGUGCGGCGGUAGUUACCUAAGUGGUGGCAAUAAGGUAAGUGGUGGUAACGAUGUGCACACUCCAAACGACGUGCAUGCUGCCAACGAUGUGCACACUCCUAACGAGGAGGGAGACCGAGGAGAUCACCGGUACUCGUAUAUCAAACUCAAAACGGAGAGACAAGGCACCGUCAAACAGCUGAAGGAGUACUUCCAGAAAAUGCAGCAAGAACAAAUGCAAAAGAGAAACAACGAGAUGCUUCCGAAAAGGGACAAGAAGGGGACCAUAAACGUUGUCGACAAAGGGAAGGAACGUGGACUGAAUAGCGGCAACACCGUUUUGGAAAAAGUGGAAAACGAGAAGAGGUGCUACCCACCUGAGGAUGACCUUCCAACGACGCUUCACUCCAGCGCUGGCGGAGUGAGCAUCCCUCAGGGGGAUACGAAAGGGAACAACCAAGUGGAAAAACAACCGGACGGAUGCGCCAAUGGAGCAAACGCCCAAAGUGAUCACAUUGACAUGAAAGAGCUGGAACUGCUCUACAACCUCAUCAGUGAAAUGAAGAAAAGCCGCAACAAGGGGGAAGACUACAUCGCCAAUUUGGUUCAGGACCUGCACAACUCCAAUAAGAGGCACCUGGUACGAAAGAUUCUACAAAUACUAAAAACCGUUGACAGUAAAAUAACCUCCGAACAGGGGAAGAAGCCAUUGGAGUCAGGGGUCAGCCAAGUUGGAGCGGGAGACCUAGGCAAACAGCACACAAAAGUUAGCACUUCGCUCAACAUGCAAUGCAACAAAGCUUUCCCUGAAAAGGAAAAAACGAAUGGAGGACAUACUAAGGUGCUCACAAAAGGGACUUUCAACUGGAGCAGCGUUCAGAAAAAUGAGGAGAAAAAAACUGCACCGGUCAGAAGUGGAAGUCCUAUCCAUGUAAAAAUAAAAAAAUACAACGAUGCGGUGGAAGCAGGAUAUUCCCAGAUCGGUCGUCCCCUGUGUGGGAAAGUAGAGGUCCGUAAGGUAGAUGGGAGUGUGUCACGCACAGUGGAACGGAAAAAGGGCCCAACCAAGGGGGGCAAAGCGACGGACAACGAAAAUAGUGGUGCGAAGGGGGCACUUCAAGGUGGGAAGAACAAUCAAAAGGGUGUCACACCCAACGACAGGAUGAGCAAACAAACAAGCAUUGCUCCCCCUGAUGGAGCGAACAACCAGUCAAAACAACCUAACGAAAACGUCACUUCCCUCCGUCCGAAUGGCAGCACAGUUAAAGGUGAAGCUAACCACGCUGGAAAAUUUGAAUGGUUUUAUUCCACGAUGAAGGACUUAUAUAGUGAGGGAGAUGGGGAGGCAGGUGGUGAGCCAAACGGUGGACCAAGAGGCGAAUCAAACGAUUACUCCAGCGAGGAUGGAGAAAACGACGACCUCUUCUUGUGGCUAGAAAACAGAGAUGUAGAGAACGUUUUGAGUGGGAAGAAACAGAGUGACGAGGGGAACACCAGUGAGGAGUGA